GCCGGGGUGGCUGAGGGGGGGCCGUUCCGUUCCGUUCCAGUGCCGUCAGAGAGAAACGAAAAAGCAUCGUGGGAGGGAGGCCGGGCUGCGGCAAGGUCAGGUUAACACAGCAGCAUGCCAGCAUUGCCUCUGGAUGAGCUCCAGUUUACGGAGAAAGAUUCACUGACUGGGAAGACAAAAACUUUACCAGCACUGCAUCCAAAGAAGAAAACAGAGCGCUCUUUUGUGCUGUAUAAGCCCCCACCGAAAGCCAAAGAUCCCGCGCUGCUGGAGGAGUUCUUGGAGCGAGCCAUGUUCGUUGCAGAUGAUCUGGCUUGGCUUCUGGCUUUGCCUCAUGAUAAAUUCUGGUGCCAGGUGAUCUUCGACGAGACGCUCCAGAAAUGCUUGGAUUCGUACCUGCGCCACGCCCCUCGCAAGUUUGACGCAGCGGCACACUUGCCCCGGGAGGUGAACGACCUCCAGAACCGUCUUCAUCGAAAUGUUUUCCUGACCUUCCUCCGAAUGUCCACUCACAAGGAAUCCAAAGACCAUUUCAUCACACCCUCUGUUUUCGGAGAGAUCCUUUACAAUAACUUCUUGUUUGACAUUCCCAAAAUCCUGGAUCUGUGCGUGCUCUUUGGAAAAGGCAACAGCGCUCUACUCAACAAGAUGAUUGAAAACAUCUUUACUCAGCAGCCGAGCUACUUCAGUGACUUGGAUGAAACCGUGCCUACAGUCCUUCAGGUGUUCGGCAACAUCCUGUAUACGUGCGGCUUGCAGUGCGACGGCGCUUCAGCCACGCCGCAGAAGCUGGAGGAAAGGAUCAGAAUGACUCCUGGAGACCUUCCUCUGCAGGAGCUGAAGGAUAUUGUAUUGUACCUGUGCGACACUUGUAUCACCCUUUGGGCCUUCCUGGAUGUCUUCCCACUGGCUUGUCAGACGUUCCAAAAGCACGACUUCUGUUACAGGCUGGCUGCGUUUUACGAACUGUUGAUACCUGAGCUGGAAUCUGCGAUUAAGAAGAGGCAGCAUGAAGAUAGCAGCUUGCUGUCGGAUUUAUGGAGGAGGCUGUCCCAUUCUAGGAAGAAGGUGGUGGAGGUUUUCCAUAUAAUCGUAAACCAGCUGUGCCUUCAACCCAUUUUGGAAAGCAGCUGUGAAACCAUCCAGCCAUAUAUUGAAGAGUUCCUACAGAUCUUCACUUCAGUGCUUCAUGAGAGGAGGUUCCUCCGUGACUAUGAUGAGCACUUUCCUGUAGCAGAUGACGUGAGCCUCCUCCAGCAAGCCUCCUCAACCCUGGACGAGACCCGGACAGCUUACAUCCUGCAAGCAGUGGAAAGCGCCUGGGAAGGCGUGGAUAGGAGGAAGAAAACGGCUCAGGUCCCACCCCUGCCGGAAGAUGCGGCUGGAGCCUCAGCAGCGGUGCUGCCCAGCGCGGCCGAGGGGUUGGAGAGGCUCAGCCAGCAAGACCAUGCAGAGUAUGCUGGAGCAGCUGCCGCCGCACCCAUCGCCAAGGUCUCUGGGGUGGAGCUGGAUUCCCUGAUCUCCCAAGUGAAGGACCUGCUACCUGACCUUGGAGAAGGCUUUGUCCUGGCCUGCCUGGAGGAGUACAACUACAGCGUCGAGCAGGUGAUCAACAACCUUCUGGAGGACAACCUGGUGGCCUCCUUGGAGAAGCUGGACCGAGGAAUGCCCAGGCAGGUGAAACCAGACCCGACCCCUCUCGUCACGUCACGAUGCAACGUUUUCCAGAACGACGAGUUUGACGUUUUCAGCAAGGACUCUGUGGAUCUCUCCCGGGUGCAGAAAGGCAAGAGGAGCGACAAAGACACCACCAAAAGCUUGCUCAAUGACAAGCGCCUCGUGGAGGAGCAGAGGGAGCGCUACAGCCAGUACUCGGUGAUCGUAGAGGAGGUCCCCGAGCAGGGCGGGGCGGGCCCUUUCGGCCAGGACGAGUACGAGGACGAAUACGACGACACCUACGACGGCAACCAGGUGGGCGCCAACGACGCCGACUCGGACGAUGAGCUGAUCAGCCGGAGGCCGUUCACCAUCCCUCAGGUCCUGAGAGCGAAAGAGCAGGAAGAGGAGGAGGAGGAGGAAGAGGAGGCGGAAGUGGAUAAGAAGGAGGCUGCAAAGGACCACUUCAUACAGGACCCGGCAGUGUUGAGGGAGAGAGCCGAGGCCAGGCGGAUGACCUUCCUCGCGAGGAAAGGGCACAAGCCAGACAACUCCGCCUCUGUUGUGGGCAGCGCCAAGGGCCACGGCCAGACCCGAGACACGGUCCAGGAACGCAGGAAGAAAGAAGCCAGCAAAGGGGCCCGGGCUAAUCAUAACCGGCGUGCCAUGGCCGACAGGAAGCGCAAUAAAGGCAUGAUCCCGUCCUGAAGAAAUGGAGGAGGGGGCAAACCGUUCCUCUCAGCCCUGGAAGCACACGGGGCCAGGCCCAGCCACCCCGCCUCGAGAGACAGCAUCCGUCCCUUAAGGGAAGGGCUCCUGGGUACGGGGAGGCAAUCCAGAAUCGGGCUGUAACCACGGGGAUCUCAUUACAGAGAACUGUCAGCA